UGAAUUUGAGGAAAAUAGAGAAACGGGAGGUAGAGGAUGACAUUGAGGGGGAGAGGUGGGCUAGAGAGAGAGUCUGGCGGAGGGAAAGAUUUAGGAUCUUAACCGGAGCGCCAGCCUUCCUUCGUGAGAAGAACACAGCACCGCCACAAUGCUCAUUAAGGAAUUUCGAGUUAUUCUGCCCAUAUCAGUGGAAGAGUACCAGGUGGGUCAGCUGUACUCUGUAGCGGAGGCCAGUAAGAACGAGACAGGAGGAGGAGAGGGAGUGGAGGUGUUGAAGAACGAACCAUACGAGAAGGAUGGGGAGAGGGGCCAGUACACACACAAGAUAUACCACCUGCAGAGUAAAGUUCCACCGUUCGUCAGAAUGCUAGCUCCAGCAUCGGCCCUCAACAUCCACGAGAAAGCCUGGAACGCAUAUCCCUACUGUCGCACAGUAAUCACUAAUGAGUACAUGAAAGAUAACUUCCUGAUCAAGAUUGAGACGUGGCACAAACCUGACCUAGGACAGCAGGACAACGUGCAUGGUCUGGAUGCAGACACCUGGAAGAAGGUGGAUGUUGUUUACAUCGACAUCGCAGACCGCAGACAGGUGGAUACCAAGGACUAUAAGCCAGAGGAGGACCCCUCUAAGUUUAAGUCAGGGAAGACUGGCCGGGGCCCUCUGGGACCUGACUGGAAGAAAGAGCUCCCUAAGAAGACAGACUGCCCACACAUGUGUGCCUACAAACUGGUGACGGUCAAGUUCAAGUGGUGGGGCCUACAGAACAAAGUGGAGAACUUCAUUCAGAAGCAAGAGAAGCGUCUGUUCACCAACUUCCACCGUCAGCUGUUCUGCUGGAUCGACAAGUGGAUCGAACUAACCAUGGAGGACAUCCGUCGCAUGGAGGAGGACACUCGCAAAGAACUGGACGAGAUGAGGGUGAAGGAUCCAGUGAAAGGCAUGGUGGCUCUGGAGGACUGAGGAGACUGGAGAAAGACUGACUGACCCUGACCCUGCUGCUGUUAAACUGAUCAGAACUGUAAACCGACCGGCACCAGCGGAUUCUACCAUCGUCCUCCUCCUCUCGCUCUAUCAACACAGCUGUUGUUAAGGAUAUGGACCACCCCUCUCUUUAGUCUAGAAUGGACUGAUCCACUCCACUCUAAGCCAGUCAGUCCUGACACCGACAGACAGACAGUUCUAGUGUACAUACCCAGGAUAUAUAGUGAAGGCUGAAGGUCAGACCCAGGUGUGAGUGAUGAGAUGUAUUAUAAUAUAAAGUAUUGUAGUUAGUUUGUAGCAAAGGUUGGCAGUUUCUUUCAGACCAAGCUGUGACUGAAGCUCUUUGUGACUGUCGUUUUGAUUGGUUGUUUUUCUCUUUGUGACUGUCGUUUUGAUUGGUUGUUUUUCUCUUUGUGACUGUCGUUUUG